AUGGAGCUUAAUGCGGGAAGAUACGUGGACAUUUGUGGAUGGGAUUUUGAAACACCACUUGUUUGUUGUGCGAGUUAUAUUGCGCCUGGCUACGGGUAUUCGUCAUUUGCAGGAGGAAGUGCGGCAGGAAGGACUGAUCCCGUAAGUCCACCAGGCUGCGGUGUAAGAAGAUUACAACCAAGCCUCUAUUACGGUUUCUAUGCUUCCGGAUAUGAGACUGCCGCUUUCGGAUAUGCUGGCAUAGGCAGAACCGCUUAUGCUGGAGGCAGAACUGUUGUUGAGAAAUGGCCCUGGAUGGCAGCAAUAUUUUACGGAAGUGCAAUAAAACAACUUUGUGGAGGAACUGUCAUAGACGCCCGGCACGUUGUCACAGCUGCCCAUUGUUUUAGAGGACGCAGUCUUGAUAGCAGCUGGUAUACAGUACUAAUUGGCGAAGUUUAUGUAGGAUCACAAGAAAUUAGGUACCAGAUAGAAGAAAUCAGAAUACAUGAAAACUACCAGGCCAUUUAUAAUUACGAUGAUAUUGCUGUAAUACGUUUGGCCCAAAACGUGCCAAAUAUUGUUGCAGCCUGCUUACCAGAAGACGAUUUACUGAUAGACGGAGACAACUGCACCGGUUUAGGUUGGGGACUUACGAGUUAUGAUGGCCGGAGCGCCAGAUGGUUGCAAGAAGUCGAAUUGCCGGUAGUCGCAACCGAUGUGUGCGAUGAUAUAUAUGCAUCAUUACCAAGGGGCCGAUUUCCUCAAGGCAUCACGGAAAAUAUGAUUUGCGCAGGAGGCUCUCUGGGUAGAGACAUAGGUGCUUGUCAGGGUGACUCUGGAGGCCCUCUGCUUCGAAACAUAGGAGGACUUUGGACUCUGGUGGGCAUAGUUUCAUUUGGCCUUCGUUGUGGAGAGGCAGGCUAUCCUAGUAUCUAUACUAGGAUCUCUGCAUAUUUGCCAUGGAUAAUACAGUACAUAUCGGAUGCCGGAAAUGUAGUGAAUUAUAUCCAAAAAUAA